GGCGCGGCGGCGGCGCGGCUCACGUGACUGUCCCGAGGUGCCGCGGUGGGUUGGGCUGUCCGGAGCCGGGCGAGGCCGGGCGAGCGACCUACGCGAGGCUGGGGCUGUGAGGCCUACGAAGAGCAGGACGACGACGCAGAGCGGCUGCUGCCCCCGCGCCCCUCGGCCGCAGGGCUAGUCCGGAGCACAGGCGUGGGAUGCCGAACGCAGCAGCCAUGAAGAAGAAGGUGCUGCUGAUGGGGAAAAGCGGCUCCGGCAAGACCAGCAUGCGCUCCAUCAUCUUCGCCAACUACAUCGCGCGGGACACGCGGCGCCUGGGAGCCACAAUUGACGUGGAGCAUUCGCAUGUUCGGUUUCUAGGCAACCUGGUAUUAAACCUGUGGGACUGUGGAGGCCAGGACACCUUCAUGGAGAACUACUUCACCAGUCAGCGCGACAACAUCUUCCGCAAUGUGGAGGUCCUUAUUUACGUCUUUGAUGUGGAAAGCAGAGAGCUGGAGAAAGACAUGCACUACUAUCAGUCCUGCCUGGAGGCCAUUCUCCAGAAUUCUCCCGAUGCCAAGAUUUUCUGCCUCGUCCACAAAAUGGAUUUAGUACAGGAGGACCAGCGCGACCUGAUUUUCAAGGAACGAGAAGAGGAUUUAAAGCGGUUGUCCCGCCCUCUGGAAUGCUCUUGCUUCAGAACGUCCAUCUGGGAUGAGACUCUCUACAAGGCAUGGUCCAGCAUAGUCUACCAGCUUAUUCCCAAUGUCCAGCAGCUGGAAACGAACCUCAGGAAUUUUGCUCAGAUCAUUGAAGCUGAUGAAGUUCUUCUGUUUGAAAGAGCCACAUUUUUGGUCAUUUCACACUACCAGUGUAAAGAGCAGCGGGACAUUCACCGGUUUGAGAAAAUCAGCAACAUCAUUAAGCAGUUCAAGCUGAGCUGCAGUAAGUUGGCUGCAUCUUUCCAAAGCAUGGAAGUGAGGAAUUCCAACUUUGCUGAUUUCAUUGACAUCUUCACAUCAAACACCUACGUGAUGGUCGUCAUGUCAGACCCUUCCAUACCUUCUGCAGCAACGCUGAUCAACAUCCGAAAUGCCAGGAAACACUUUGAGAAGCUGGAAAGGGUGGAUGGGCCCAAGCACAGCCUGCUGGUGCGCUGAGCUCCUCUCUGGGUACGGCCAGAGGAGAAGCUGCUCUCUUCCUCAGAGACCUCAACCAUGGUGGGUGUUUUGUGGGCUUUGAAAUGCGUGCACUGCUUUCCACUGCUCUCCUUUUUCUUUUCAUCUUGGAUGCUGGUCUCCCCGGCGGUGUUGGGCACACGGUGGACUUUCUGGGCCUCCCACUGCCGCUGCUGCCGUGGCGCGGAAGGUCCAAAUGUCACGGACAUCAUAACCCUUUCCUUACUUUCCCAUUCUGUUCCAAAUGACAAUAAACUACAAAGUUGGGAUACUUGCUAUUUUAUCAACAAGUUGCUAGAGUACGUUUAUAAAUCUUGUCUUCAAUCAUGACAAUAAAUUUUGUUACCAAGGA